GAGUAAAUAAAAAUAUGAUAUUUUAAAAAUGAAAAAAAGAAAAGAAAAUUUCAGUCACCACCGUACCGGCAUUCACCCACUUGAAGCAAUCCCGCCACCGCGCGCCCGCCCUUUCAUACUUCUCAUCCGUUUCUCUCCUUCCAAUUUCCGUUGAUUUUCACUCUCAUGAGUUUCCAUGGCUUUCCAGAAGAUCGAAGCAACCAAUUUCUAUACGGUUCUUCUAUGGUUUAUGGUCUACGCAAUAACUCACUGCUUUGCGGAAUCGUCGACGUGCUUGAUGGUGUACAAGGAAGGCGGCGCUCCGGCGGUAUUUCAAUCCCCGAAAUGCCCUCUUUGGAAGCUCUCUGACUACACUUUUCAAUCUCCCAAUGCCCCUCAUUGCCAAAUUGCAAUGCAUCAGGGUCGAAGAAAGUAUCAGGAGGAUCGCGCUCUUUGUGCUCUCGACGUCCGAAUUCCCUUCCUAAGUAAAACAGGUCUUAUGGAGGUGCCUGUGGGAAUUAUAGCAGUUUUUGAUGGUCAUAAUGGUGCUGAAGCUAGUGAGAUGGCUUCAAAGAUUUUGUUGGAGUAUUUUGUUGUGCAUACUUAUUUUCUUCUUGAUGCCACUUAUUCUGGAAUUUUCAAGAGACCCUUUAAGACAUUUUCGAAUGAGAGGGAACAUGGUGCCAUCUUUAAUCAACUUAAUUGGAGGGAAAAAAUUAGUAACCGUGAUCUAGAACUUGGAAGGCUCAAAUACUUACUUCCAGCCGAUUUUGAUGAUGAUUUUCAUUUGGAAAUUCUGAAAGAAGCACUGUUGAGAGCUAUACAAGAUGUUGAUAAAACAUUUUCCAAGGAAGCACAUAAAAAUAAUCUCGUUUCCGGUUCUACUGCUACUGUUAUAUUAUUAGCCGAUGCACAAAUUUUGGUUGCAAACAUUGGUGACUCAAAGGCUUUCUUGUGCUCUGAAAAAUUUCAGUCACCUGCAGAGGCUAAAGCCACCUUUUUAAGGUUAUACAAGCAAAAAAGAUAUAGCGGUGCCUCACGUGCAAGGGGUUAUGGAAAUUCUCGACCAGAUUCAUAUGAUGGGCUGAAGCAUUUUUAUGUCAAAGAAUUGACAAGAGAUCAUCAUCCAGAUAGAGAGGAUGAAAGAUCUAGGGUGGAGAUUGCUGGGGGUCAUGUUGUUGAUUGGGGUGGUGUACCAAGAGUAAAUGGUCAGUUGGCAAUAAGCAGAGCAAUUGGUGAUGUGUCUUUCAAAAGUUAUGGGGUUAUAUCUGCACCGGAGGUAACUGACUGGCAACCUUUGUCUACUAACGAUAGCUUUUUGGUGGCUUCAUCUGAUGGCAUUUUUGAGAAACUGAGCUCACAAGAUGUUUGUGAUUUGUUGUGGGAAAUACACAAUGAUGGCAUGUCAAGUUUUGAACAUUCUCCUUCAUGCUCAUACUCACUGGCGGAUUGCAUUGUUAGCACUGCAUUUGAACGGGGAAGUAUGGAUAACAUGGCUGCUAUUGUGGUUCCUUUAAGACCUGGUAGUUCUUCUCGUAGAUUUCAGGAGGGGAGCUUUGUUGCACAGAGAGACUCAAGUUUUCCCAUAUCUGGAAUAGAAAAUCUUAUUAAAGAGCACUCAGGCAAGGGUAUCUCUUCCAGUGCCAUGCAACUGGAGCAUUCUCAUCCAGUUAUGUCUAAGUUCAACAGAUUAUUGGUUGAAGGAAGACAUAAUAAUCUGGGAUGUUUUUAUCUGUCUGAGAAUCUGGAUGAGUACAAGGAUUACAUAUUGCGAACUCAAAAUGAAGAAGAAGAAUAUGUAUGUGAUCUACCCCAUGCUCUUCCAGAUUCCUUCAAUCAGCAAUAUGGUGGAUCUGUAAAUGUGUACACUGACCAAAGCUUGUGCUUUCAUCUUGGGAUGAUUGGAGCUAAAGAUCAGUGCUUUAAUCCUGAAGGCUUCGCUAGUUUUAUUGGUUUGCUUGAAUCAAUUCCUUUUCACGAUCCUGGUCCAGAUUAUCAACUAUUUGAGCAUUCACCAUCUGUAUUGAGGUAUGUGUUGAAGAAAAGGUUUGCUCGUGGUUCCUAUGGUGAAGUAUGGCUGGCUUUUCAUGGAAACUGUCAGGAAGCAUUUAGUUCAGUAGGAGAGAAUGAUAAUGUUUCGUGCAACUCAUCUUUUGAAGACAUCAAUGCCAGAAAUUAUGGCUGCUCUUCAAAUAGUUCUCAAGCCUAUUCUCUGGAGAAUAACUUGUUCAUCAUGAAACGUGUUAUGGUCGAAAGAGGUGCCGGAAUCUAUUUGAGUGGCUUACGGGAGAAAUAUUUUGGUGAAAUAUUUUUUAAUGCUUCUACAUGCCUGGGAGAUGUGUUAUCAACUGGAACAUCAAACUUUGUCUUUGAAGAAUCACCAUGGGGAUCUAAAGACUUAUUGACAAAGGAUGAAUCACUGUGUCAUAAAGUAGGGGAAACUAGGCAUUUUGAAAAUAUUUCUCCCAAUCGUUUUCAGGCAAAUAGAGUUAUCUAUGAAGAAGGUUUAAAUCAUAUUGUGAGAUAUGUUGAAUCUUUUGAAUCUCGGUCUAAUGAAAUAUGGCUUGUAUUUCAUUACGAAGGCACUUCCCUCUCAAAGCUCAUGUAUUCUAUUGAAAAUGCUGAUGAAGAGAAAGUUGAGCAGAAAAACCACGUUCAAAUUCUGCGACCUUCUAAGUGGUGGCAUUGGUUGAAAACAACAGAAGCAGGACAAGAGGAGAUGAAAAAUUUAAUACGUCAGUUGUUGAUGGCACUCAAGUCUUGUCAUGACCGCAAUAUCACUCACAGGGACAUUAAACCUGAGAACAUGGUGAUAUGCUUUGAAGAUCAGGCUACUGGAAAAUGCUUGAAUGAAAGUCGAAUGGAAGAUGAGAACGUCUCUACUAAAAUGCGCAUUAUUGACUUUGGUAGUGCUAUUGAUGAAUUCACAGUUAAGCAUCUUUAUGGGUCUAUGGGGCCUUCUAGAGCGGAACAGACUUAUGAUUACACACCUCCUGAAGCCUUGCUAAAUUCAAGUUGGUAUCAGGAAAUGUCAGGUUCUACUUUAAAGUAUGAUAUGUGGAGCGUUGGUGUAGUAAUGUUAGAAUUGAUCUUAGGAUCACCCAAUGUUUUUCAGGUAAGUGACUUAACCCGUGUUCUUUUGGACCAGCAUCUUCAAGGCUGGAAUGACGGCUUAAAGCAGCUAGCAUACAAGUAAGUUCAUUCCAUAGGAAGGUCUGUGAUCAUGAUGUCAGUUGUAACAGUCAUGCUUUAUCUGAAUGAAAGCUCAGUUCUUACCAAAAAAGAAAAAAGGGAGUAGUAAGAUUAACCUAAUUCUUUUAAGGCAGAGGUCGUCGGAGGUGAAUCUAGAGAAUGUUUGGGGUGAAUUGUGUAGUCUGCCGUUUGUAGACUGUACAAGAUGCAAUGUUAUGUAGUGUUUUGAGUAGUCUGUGAUUCUGAAAGUUGUUUAUGUUAUGCUGCUUUUUUUCUUUUGGAUGAAAUUGGUAUGCUAUUUUAGCGAAGCGUUCAAUUAAAACAUAAACUGCCUUUUUAUAAAAGAAUAUUUGUUUCCUUCAAUUAUGGAAUAAAAUAGAGUUUUGGCUAAAGUUAGAAUGUUCUUUAUUUAUUUAGUUUUGCAUAAUUUGAAAUUUUAAAACAAUUUAAUGAUUUAUCUAAUUGUUUUUUUCUUAAAUGGAAAUCAGCCUUUUUAUUAAUGAUAAUGAGACUAAUGCUCCAAAUACGAGAGUAUUAUACUAAGAGCAAAAAAAACUAAUGGAAAAUACAAGCUGAAACUUAAACAAAGACUAUCUUCGGGCAACAUAAAUAUGAUGGAAACCUAAACACGAUUCCAAACAGAAAAUCAACAAGCCAAUCAAAACCACUCAAAGACAAUACAUCAAUAGAAAGCUAAAACUUUCUCAAAAUUAGCCCACUCAAAUUUAAAAUCUUGCACACCCAAAUCUUCAAGAUGAAAGGAGAAAGAGAAAGCCAAGAAGAUGCAAACAGCUGCCUCAAAAUUAUCUUGCCAAUGCAAUCCAAUACCCAGAGGAACUCAAAGCAGUCUUCCAAUCCACGAAGUCUUGCCAGUCCUGCCUUCAACGCAUUACUCCAAUUGUCAAAGAGAAAUCUGCUUUAGCAAUGUCAGUCUCUGAAAAAACCUCCAUACCACCUUGUAAGAAUGCCCCCGAAACUCCUUAAAGCUUCCAACUAAAGUCCAGCCAACAUCUUUUGACCUCUAGAUGCUUUUUUAUGAAUUCUUUAUCAAAGCUGGCUCUUAUUCUUGAAUUAGUACAAUGCCCGGAUUAAUUUCUUUAGAAAACUUUUAAGGAUCAGCCGCAUUGAUUUUUGUCUUUCUUCACUAAAAGAUCCUCUUUAGCUUGCUCUGUCUUGUUCCUCUCAAAACUAAGAUUCUUAAUCUCUCCUCCUCCUUAAAGGUGACUCUUCAAAUCCCGUACACGUGUUCACACUAGUUUUCUUGGAGUCCAAAUUUAAAUUCAUUGUCACUUCAAUGAAGGUAAUCGGCGUUGGCGAGGCAAAAUUCUGGCAAGCACCUUGUUACAAAGUUUCAAAGGGGUUACUUGUACAUGAAGGAAUAUUUUGGAUUGAUCUUAGAUAUUCCACCCUCUCCUGGAAGAAUGAAUCUUGAAUGGUUCCUUCAUCAUUCAAAGCUUGGUUUGAUCUCAUCAGGUCAAGUGGGUUUGAAAAGUCCUCUAAUGAUAAACGGCCCUUGGUUAGUGGAGGAGGCUCGAUCAUUUCAAAAUUACCCAAGUGCUUAGGUCGUUCAUGGAGUUGUGCAUUUUAAUUCCUGGGAGCUCCUCAAGAAGUUAUCAAAAAAGUGGUCAUCAAGGAGAUUCCCCAGCAUCCUGGCAAUGCUCUGAAGAAGUUUUUGCCCGCCAAAUAAAGAGUAGAGAU